GGGACGAAUAACUUCUGGAGCGGAAAAACAUGAGUACGAAAUAAUCGUAAUCUCAAAGGAAAAUUUAUGAGAAAUACGUGUCGUCCCUGUUUAAGAAGUUUUUAAAUGUAAUGAAGCAGUACCGGUAAUCUAAAUGGGUAACCAGUUGACGGGUAUAGCACCCUCCCAGAUUCUACCUGUGGAGCAGUAUCUAACAGAUUUACCUGACACAGAGUUUGACUGCAGUUUGGGUAGUACAAGAUUUUUCAAGGUUGCCAAAGCGAAGUGCAAAGAGGGCAGUGUGGUGGUGAAAGUUUUUGUCAUUCAUGACCCUUCAUUACCACUGGCAUCAUAUAAAACAAGACUAGAUGAGAUAUGUGUAAAUCUGAAGGGGACUUCAAAUUGUAUACCAUUUCAAAGGGCUGUGCAAUUAGACAAGGCAGCUCUCUUGUUCCGACAAUAUGUGAAGGACAGUUUGUAUGAUAGGAUCAGUACACGGCCAUUCCUCAAUACAAUAGAGAAGAAAUGGAUAGCAUGCCAACUUCUGUGUGCACUUAACCAGUGUCACAAGCUGAAGGUUUGCCAUGGUGAUAUAAAGUCAGAGAAUGUGAUGAUAACUGGCUGGAACUGGUUGCUGUUGACUGACUUUGCUAGCUUUAAACCUACCUAUCUCCCAGAUGACAAUCCCUCGGAUUUCUCGUACUUUUUUGACACGUCAAGGAGGAGAACGUGUUACAUUGCCCCGGAGCGAUUUGUUGACAGCAGUUCUCGCAAUGCUGAGGUCGCAGGUCAAAGUCAAAACCUUGACCUUACAGCUACAGGGGAAGUAAAAACUGGUGACCUUACACCUGCCAUGGACAUCUUCUCCGCAGGAUGCGUGAUAACCGAGCUGUUCACAGAAGGGAGUCCACCAUUUGAUCUGUCACAACUUCUGGCCUACAGAAACAGGGAAUAUAGCCCAUGGAAAAUACUUGAGACUAUUGAAGAUACAAAUGUUAGGGACUUGGUACGUCACAUGAUGCAGAGGGAACCGAGUCACAGAUUGUCGGCGGAGGAAUAUCUGAUACAGCAGCGGUCAAAAACCUUCCCAGAAUACUUCUAUACAUUCCUUAAACUUUACAUACAAAGAUUUGCAACCCCACCUAUCCUAUCUCCUGAUGACAGAAUUGUUAGGGUGAAAAGAGACAUGGAACUGAUCCUGGAAAAUCUAAAAAUAGACAAAGAUCACCCAGAAAACAACAGUGUUCUUACACUGAUCAUUUCAUUGGUUGGUUCAAGUUCAAGGCAAGCCAAUUUCUGCAAUGCUAAGCUGAUGGCAUUAGAAUUGAUGACGGAGCUUGCUCAGUAUGUAACAUCAGAUAUUAUCCUGGAUAGAAUACUGCCCUAUCUUAUGCAUAUGGCCUUAGAUAAGGAGGCUAAAGUCAGAGCAGAAAUGUUGAAUUGUGUAACCAGAUGUCUCAAAGAUUUACAUAAUGUACCAAGAAGUGAUGCCAAUGUAUUUCAAGAGUAUGUCUUCCCAAAUCUGUCUCCACUAGCCCAAGAUCCAGCAACAACUGUUAGGGCAGCGUUUGCUGAAAAUAUUGCUCAACUGGCAGAGACGGCACUACGUGUUGUAGAAAUGAUGCAGCUGAGUGAUAUAGAAGACACAGAAGUGAAGGAGGAUACCACUGACUUUUCCACAUACGACCAUGAGCUACAAGCGUUACAAGAGAUAAUACAAGAGAAAGUUGUGCUAUUACUGAACGAUUAUGACAACUCAGUUAAGAGAGCUUUACUCGAUAACGGUAUAACCAGACUAUGUGUCUUCUUUGGAAGACAAAAAGCAAAUGAUGUGUUGUUGUCACACAUGAUAACAUUCCUCAAUGACAAGAUUGAUUGGCAUUUACGUGGUGCAUUCUUCGACAACAUUGUUGGCAUAGCAGCUUAUGUCGGUUGGCAAAGUUCAGAAAUAGUUAAACCAUUACUUGAACAGGGCUUAUCAGAUCCAGAAGAGUUCAUUGUACACAAGAGUUUGGGAGCUUUAAAGUCUCUUACAGAACUUGGUCUUCUACAGAAACAGAUGUUACACCACUUUGUGAAGAUUGUUGUACCUCUACUUGCACAUCCAGGUAUGUGGAUAAGACAGGGUAGUGUUGGCUUUGUCUCGGCAGUAGCAGCGAAACUAAACAUAGCAGAUAUUCACUGUAACCUUUUACCGUCUUUACGACCAUUCCUUAAUACGCAGAUUCUCCAGAUAGAAAAGGAGGUGUUACUAUUGAAUGCCCUGCAGGACCCUAUCCCAAGACCAGUAUUUGACUAUGUGUUAAGGUCACCUAUGGUUGAGAGAAUAUUUAGUAUUCUACAAGAGCAUCAUUAUAUUAGGGACGUGAGUAGACAGGGGCAUAAACCAGCCUACCCAGAGAUGGACGAUUCCAUGUCACAGAUAUUAAAGAAAUUGUCGUUUCUUGGCUGCACAGAGUCUCAUGAGGAUAAAAUACUUGCCAUGAAAGAUUUCAUAUUGAAGUUACACAGAGCCAGAGCAGGUUCCUCUGAAUCAAGCGCCAACAGUGAUGGUGGUAGGAAACCUGGAUCAUUGGACAUGUACACAGUCAGAAAUAUGCCAACACGCAGGCACGCUGAUCUUUAUAAACCAAAAGAUGGGAAAACAGAAAACCUUAUAUCACCUAGCACGAGGAGCAAAAAGAAAGUGCCUGGUCCUGACGCACAAACCCAAAAUAUGAAUCCUGAAUGGAAAAGUAUGUUUGGUUCUAAUUCCUCCGACAAAUCUUUGAGUUCUUCUCCGAAGUCAAAGAGCUCACAGAAGCUGGAUACCAGUGAUCGUAAAGUAACAACUCCUUCUGGUUCCCAGGCUUCAUCAACAGGAAGUCUUGUCACAGUUUCUGGGCUGUCACUAGAUAGUUCUAUCAGAUCGGGAACCAUCAAGGGAGAAAGACAAACACAGCAGACUCGCUAUGCAAAUUGUAAACUAGACUUGAGGACUUUGGUGCAUAAAAGAAGGGCCCAGUAUUCCUCAGAUCUUGCAACUAAAGACAUGUUGGAAGGUAUUUUGUGGGACAGUCGCCCUCCCCCUAGCAACUGGAAGCCCAAGGGCCAGCUUGUUGCUCACUUACACGAGCAUAGAGGUCCAGUCAAUAGAAUUGCUGUAUGUUAUGAACCCCUUUCUUUCUCAUGGGUCCCCAAUUUAUGGUUUUUGGAGGGCCAAGUGAAGCAAGUGACCUUUUUUGAAGGAUCUCAUCAGUUUGCAGCAUCCACUGAUAAGGGAACAAUAAAUGUAUAUGAACUGGAGUCAGGAAAAGCGGGUUUGUUGGACAGCCAUACAGUUAACAUACAAAGUCAAGGCCAUGUUGUUGAUAUGGCUCAUUUUGAUACGGGUCAUCAGUCGGUGCUAGCAUAUGCUACAGUCAACGGUCAUCUUGUAGGCUGGGAUUUGAGAUCACCAGAUCUUGCCUGGGUCCUGAAAAACGAUCCAAAAACUGGACUAAUCACUUCAUUUGCCAUACACCAAUCACAAUGCUGGCUUGGUGUUGGUACAAGCAGUGGUACUCAUAUAUGCUGGGACCUGAGGUUUCAACUUCCUAUAACAUCUAUAUGUCACCCAGCAGGGUCUCGUGUACGAAGACUAGCUCAUCCAAAGGAACAAUCGUGGAUCAUAUCGGCGGUACAAGGGAACAAUGAGAUCUCGAUGUGGGAUAUAGAAACAGCUGCACGUAGAAAGGCACUCUGGGCAAGUUCUGUGCCAACCUUGUCUAAGACCCAGGAAAGCCCACAUGCUAUUUAUGGUAUGCAUGUAGGUGUUACAGACAGUAACAGCUUUCUGUUGACUGGAGGGUCAGACAUGAGAGUACGAUACUGGGAUCUCAGUUAUCCAGCCAACUCUUUCAUCAUGGCGAAUGCAGCUGGCGACCUCACUCAACAAACUGCUGUUAGUUACAGGUCUCGAAUUAUAGAAGGUACUGAGGUGAUCGAGGAGACGUAUUCCAAGAAACAGACGAGCAGUGAAGACAUUCCACGACGGGGACCAGAUACUCCGCCCCAGGGUCAUAAUGACAUUAUUACAGAUGUUAAUCUAUGUCAAGCGUCCCAAUGUUUGGUGUUGACUGCCUCAAGAAAUGGUGUAGUUAAAGUCUGGAAGUAAAUGACCUUUUGUGAUUUUCAAAAAAAGAAAGAAAAGAAACAACUUUAGCUGCAACAUGAUGUCAAAAAGAACAAAAAAUUCCAAGAACUUACCAUUUGUGAAAAUUGUGAUAUGCACUUGAUCAAAGAAAAUUGGAAAUAUUAUUAGGGUUAGACUUAGAACAAAAUUUUUGAUUUGUCAAGAACUGAAAAAAAAUGUUUUAAAACUUAAAAUCAGAUAAAGACAUUUUAAAGUAGCUCACCUUCAGAUACUCUCUAAACAUUGCUUGCUUGUCUAAAGGUGUGUUGCUUUAAAGUAUAACCCUGUCUACGCUUAAUAGCAUAAUAAAUGGACUUGUCUAUCUUUCAGUCUUGACAAAACCAUUCAUUAUUUUUAGGGUAAAUUUCAGUAUAUGUAGUGACUGAUUAGUGAAAAGUACGGACCUUGAUAAGAUGGCAGGAAUGUGCCGUCUGAUCCUGGGUCUGCACUGGUCACCUGGGUAGACUGUUGCCACCACUAGGCUAACUGGUAAAGGAUGGAUCUUCUUGUCAUCAUCUGAGAUCCAGUGUGUACGAGUGCAUGGAAAAUCUGUAUGCAUGUGUUUUGUAAGAUGGUUGUGUUUGACUUGUCUAAAAGGAUGAGUUUGAAAUAUUUAACAUUAUACAUUGCAAUAUGAACUUUAGUAAUAUUAUUUUCUGUGAUUUUUGUUUGUUAAAAAAAAAAAAUGAUAUCUUUUAAGAUGAAGAUUAUUUUAAAGAAUAUUUUACAGUAGAAGAGGACAAAAAUCUGUGAAAUAGAUGUUAAAUUAUUUUCUUGUAAUUUAAUAUAUAGGUUGUAAGGGGAAGGAACUAUUAAUUAACUAAAAUAUGGAGUGUAUAAGAGGAGGGAACUGUUACUUAAAUAAAAUAUAGUGUAUGAAUGGAGGGAACUGUUGCUAAACUAAAAUAUGAUUAUUUGAUUGAAUCUUUAUUUUCUCUCCUAAAAGUGAUAAUAUAUAAGGGGAGAGAACUGUGAAGUAAGUAAUAUAUAUGCUCGCCCAUGUGGUAUUUUUCCGGUGUUAAGGGUAAACAAACCCAAACACACACAAAGUAAUAAAACCUUGCAUAACUUGGUUCAAAUGUUCAUCUCAACAAGAUGAUGUGCAAAAAGUAUGUCCUUGUGCCAUCUCAUGGCUAAGCUCAAGACAAUUUUAUGUCAGCACUAUAAAUUGUUUACCCCUUGAAGGAGUCUCCUAUAGCUAAAAUGUUAAUAAUCUUCAAAGGACAUACAUAAAAUCCUGCCAUAGAGAUUGUCUGGGUAUUAGUCGGCCCUGUGGCAACUCCAGCUUUUUUUCUUUGAUAGCUCUUAAUAUGAAAUGAGGUGCUUCCUAUGACAUGUAGGGCUGUUAUGAUUUGAUAACAAGCAUAAAAGAUAUUUAAAUAGUACUGUUCUAUCUAUAUAUUAAGUGAAUUGGCAGUGUUCAACCUAUCAGCAAAGUGUUCCAAGUGAAUCUGCCAAAUUUUAUUAAUCUCUAAUCAGAGUUGUUGUUUGUACCUUAUUUUAACAUGAUGAUUUAUGAAAAUGGAUUUUAAAAAAGAAAUUUUUUAUGUUAAUCAUUAUUACUUUAGUGUUUAUUAACAAAAAUAAUGUUGAAGAUUUUGUCUUAUUUGUUGAUUAUUGUAUAUGUAUAUUAAUUAUUAAAACUAUGUGCAAUAAAAUGAUUUAAAGUA